AUGCAUUUGGCUAACAGUCUGUUUUUCUUAAUUUGCACACUUUUUGUGAUCGGAGAAUCGGGUCAAACUCAUUAUGCCGACUCACUAUACCAAUUCGUAAAUAAAAUGACUACAUUGGCCCGUCUCACCAAUGGAGUAGUCUUGGAGAAGGGUCUUCUGGAAGGAUCUAUUCCUUCUGAUGACGUCAUUUCCAAAUUUCUUCACAUGGGAACAUUGACAAUUGACGAAUUACUUAAUCUGAACACUGUGCAACUCAACAAAUCCUUCACUGAACUUCAUCAUCUAUCUGAGAACCUGGUGUCAUCUAACGAUGUAGAAGCUGUGGAAUCGAGAUUUGAAAUUUUAAACGAAGUUAGAAAGUUGGCAUUACAACUAUGGAAUAUCACAAGUUUACCUGGAUUGGAGGAUUACAAAAAGAGUAUGAACCAGUUGGUAGCGAUCCCACUCGACGGAAAAGAAUUGGAUAAACUAUUCACCAAAUUUGACGAUUUUGAGAAAAGAAUUGAGAAUAUAACUGAAAUGGAAGUGCCGGCAAACUCAACUGAGAAGAAUAAAGCUAUGGCUGAAAUCAGGAAGAUUAUCGGAAUGUACAUAGCAUUCGAGAAAGAAGUGAAUACCUUCAAUGCUUUUUAUGAAAAGAUAGAUUCUCUUAAAUUGCUUGCAAAAUUGAACAUGUCGUUUUUGGAUCCACUGGAUGAAGAAAUGGAAUUAAGACAGAAAUAUAUUACGGAAUCUACAUCUGGAGUCAGGAUCAAACUGGAUCUUAUCAGAAACAAUGUUGAACAAUUUCUCAAUUCUUCAAUCAUUUUUCAAAAUUCCCAAGGUUUGGUGAGUCCCGUUCAAAGAUUGAUUUCUGCUAGACAAAAUGCUCAAAACUGGAAAAAUAUCUAUUCAAUUGGUCUGCCAAAUGGUCUAACUGAUUUUCAAAAUAUUUCAAGUGAUACCAACGAUAUGAAAUCUCUCAUCAGUAAAACUGAUAGUGAUUGGGUUUCAAAACAUUUAUCAAGAUCUCUGAAUCCGAUAGUUGACUUUGGAAAAAAUAUAUCUUUAAUCCAUGAUUCGUGGGCAUAUUUGUCCUCAGUUGAUGACUUGGAUUCUGUGGUCCAGGCUUCUGAAGAACUUGCUAAAUAUGCAAAUGAAAAAGAUACCAUCCUACAACUAAUGGAAGCAUUUGAAGAGUGUGACAAGUUUUCGGAAAACGAGACUUCCAAAGCUCAGUCUAUAGAAAAAAUCAACGAUUGGAGAAGUGCGGCAUCUGAAUUGUACAAAGUGCUUUCAGAAUUCAAAUCUUUCGAUUAUUUGAAAAAAAUGCCGAGUUCUUCGAAAUAUUUUAACAACUAUGAAACUUGGAACGUUCUCACCAACAAAUCAUUGUUAAAAUUGCAAUCCAAACCAGCAUGGGAACGGGCAAAAGUUGCUUUGGAAAAUCUGAAAAAGGAUUUUCCUGAAUUCAAGAAAAGUGUUUCAAUCGUUCAGACGGCCCUUGAAAAACUAAAUCCGAUUCUGAUUGAAGAAUAUCUGAAAUCUCUAGAAGAUUCUGGAUUUCUUAACUUUUAUUCGUCUUUGAGAGAUAAAAUUGGUGGAAAAGAAGAGGAUGGAAAGAUUAUUCUGGAUCUUUUGAAAGAAUUGAGUGAAUUGAGAAGGAAUCGAACAAAUUAUAAAAUUCAAGAGGUGAUUGAUGUAGUUGGAAUUCUUUCCAACAGUUUGGAGGAUUUGAAGUCUCUAAAAGGAUAUAAUGUUUUGAACAAACUGGCAAAAGCCAUCCAGGGAUUAGCAGCAAUCAGAGAAGUAUUUGUACAAAGAGAAGAGCUUGAAAAUCUUGUUGGGGACAUUUCCUUUAUCAAAACAUCAGCAGAGAGUUUCAAUGUCAGUUUGAAGCCAGAAGAGAUUAAAAGCCUGUCAAAGAUUGAAAAUCUGAAAAUUGUUCUAUCAGAAUUUUUUCUGAAGAUAGAUAGUUUGAACGAGAAUAUUGAAAAGUUAGAAGCCACGACGUUUGGAAGUUUUACACCAAUAUUCAAAGCCGCUCGUGAAAUACCAGAUGUUACUGAAGAUGGGAAGCAAUUGGUUUCUGCUCUUACAUCGUUGAGCAAGUUAAAUGUGCACUGGACCUGUUCUUUUCUUCAUUCCGUAGUAAAAUUCCGCCAGCUCCAACAACCACGAUUACACCUCAAAUCACAACUAUUCAAACAACAACUCUCUCCGUUUUUCCGUCUACAAUUGAUCGUGGCAAUUGGUCUGAUCACUACAGCCUUUAUUUUUACAAUCCUCUCGUAUUGUCGUAAAUGGUUCUGCUUCAAAAACAAGAAAUCCAAAUCAUCCAAAUCUGAAAAUGACAUAUCAUUCAUUCUGUGGAAGUCACUCAGGAUGAGCUAUUCCCUAUGCAGUCCGAAUCUGUGGAUGAUCGUCGCGUGUUGCUUUAUGACACUUUUAACAAUGACUUUAACGAUAUAUAUGCAACACGGGUUCAGAAGAGAUAUGCGAUGGUUGCAGUUUGCGCAGUGGAAACUGCAACAACUGGCUGAACGAAUGCGUUAUCAAGAACCUAAUGUGACACUUUUGGAGCAGAUAACACGAAAAGUGAAUGAGAAAAAAGCAACGGAUAAGAACGCAUUUGAUUUCUUCAAUAAUGCCAACAACAAUGUACCAGGAGCAUCGAAUCAGGAUAAGUUGGCAAGUAAUGAGAAGGAAUCGAAUGGAGAAACGGAUAGAGUGGCAGCACAAGUGAAAAAAGCGAGGGAUGAUGAUGCGGAAAAAGUUCUCAGAGACACAAAUAUUGAUGCAAACACUCCCAUGGUGAAAAACGCGACACCUAACAGUGGCGGAUCUCAGAAAAUCUUGAAGAAAUGGACAGAUGUCACGAAAGAAAUUUUGGCGAUCAACGACGAUAACGAUGACAAGAAGACUGAUGACGAUAAGAAGAUCCGGUUGGACAGAACUCAGGAAGACUAA